AUGGCGGUUCUGGGCAUUGUGCCAGCCUCUCCCAGGGUCGGCAGCCACCCUCCACUUCCCUGUGACCUGCAGAGAAGCUUCAGCGGGCAUUUAUUCAAUUUGCUGGGAGCCCACGAGGCACAGGAGAACUGCCUGAACUCGGAUGUGGUGGAACAGAUUUACAAGCGGAACCCGAUCCUUCGAUACACCCAUCACCCCUUGCACUCCCCACUCCUGCCCCUUCCAUACGGGGACAUAAAUCUCAACUUGCUCAAAGACAAAGGCUAUACCACCCUUCAGGAUGAGGCCAUCAAGAUAUUCAAUUCCCUGCAGCAACUGGAGUCCAUGUCUGACCCAAUUCCAAUAAUCCAGGGCAUCCUACAGACAGGGCAUGACCUGCGACCUCUACGGGACGAGGUGUACUGCCAGCUCAUCAAACAGACCAACAAAGUGCCCCACCCCGGCAGUUUGGGCAACCUGUACAGCUGGCAGAUCCUGACAUGCCUGAGCUGCACCUUCCUGCCGAGUCAAGGGAUUCUCAAGUAUCUCAAGUUCCAUCUGAAAAGGAUACGGGAACAGUUUCCAGGAACCGAGAUGGAAAAAUACGCUCUCUUCACUUACGAAUCUCUUAAGAAAACCAAAUGCCGAGAGUUUGUGCCUUCCCGAGAUGAAAUAGAAGCUCUGAUCCACAGGCAGGAAAUGACAUCCAUGGUCUAUUGCCAUGGCGGAGGCUCCUGCAAGAUCACCAUCAACUCCCACACCACCGCUGGGGUGGUGGUGGAGAAGUUGAUCCGAGGCCUGGCCAUGGAGGACAGCAGGAACAUGUUUGCUUUGUUUGAAUACAACGGCCACGUCGACAAAGCCAUUGAAAGUCGAACCGUUGUAGCUGAUGUCUUAGCAAAGUUUGAAAAGUAGCUGGCUGCCACAUCCGAGGUUGAGGACCUGCUGUGGAAAUUCUACUUCAAACUUUACUGCUUCCUGGACACAGACAAUGUGCCAAAAGACAGUGUGGAAUUUAUGAAGAUGCUGGACAGUGAGAACACCAGACUGGGCCGGGAGCUGGAGGAGCUGCAGGGCUGCCUGGCGCUGGGCAAGCGGGCAGAGGAGAGCUGGUGGGAGACCAUGGGCCUCUGGCAGAGGCUGCUGAAGGGCGAGGCCAGCCUGGAGGUGAUGCGGCAGGAGAGCUGGAGGCCCCCAGGGGCAGGCCUGCUUCUUUGGGAACUUCUGAGCGAGGCCUUUUGGGUGGUGACCAAGUUCAUGGCUGCAGGGCAGUUUUGGUGUCCCUCUGCCGCCAAGGCAGGAUGCUCAUGGCAGGACCCGUGUCCUGCAGUUCCAGUGCCAGCCUCCAGACCCAGGCGAAGGUUCCUGGUGACCCAGGCUCUCACCAGCCAAUUGUCCCUUGCCAUCCUCCUGAGGGUGUCUGGAGCUUCAGUGCUGUGUGUUCUUGGCCUCCACACUGGGGAUGCCACCGACUCCUACUGUCCAGGGCUUCCAGUGGACUCUCCAAAGCCCUGA